GUCUUCACUCUUGAGGUCACUGACUUUGAUUCUCUGGACACGCCGGGAAUAAGUGGGCUACCAAUCUCGGAAUAUGAGUUUGCAAGUAUGCCCAAACUGACUCGGAAUAAAUAUUCAUCUCUCCCAGCUCUCAUAGGCAAUUUUAUCUUCCAUCUCCCAUCCUUCUGAGAUUUUUCUCAGCCAAGUACCAGCAAUGAAGAUGAUGGAGCAAUAUAGCUCAAUCCCAUAUUUCCUUACAUUUUUUUCUGUCACAAUUUUUCUCUACAAAUGGUUAACAAGAAAAACAGCCUCAGAAAAUCUUCCACCUUGUCCACCAAAACUUCCUAUAAUAGGAAACCUUCAUCAAAUUGGUCCAGUCCUGCACAUUUCACUGCGAUCCUUGGCUCAAAAAUGUGGUCCAUUGAUGCUACUUAACUUCGGAAGGGUGCCUUUUCUGGUUGUUUCUUCAGCUGAUGCAGCUCGAGAGAUCAUGAAAACCCAUGAUCUGGCUUUCUCAGACAGACCUACUUCAAGCGUGUCCAGAAGAAUUUUCUAUAAUGGUAGAGACGUGGGAUUUUCGUGUUAUAGUGAGUAUUGGAGACAGGUAAAGAGUACAUGUGUUACUCAGCUCCUGAGUAGGAAAAGAGUUCAUUUAUUUCAGAAUGUCAGAGACGAAGAAAUAGCCAUUAUGAUCCAAAAUGUCAGAGAUUCUCACUCAGAAAUAGUAAAUUUAAGCGAAUUAUUUUUUGGACUAACGGAUAAUGUAGUGUGCAGGGCUGCGCUAGGGAAGAAAUUUGGAAGGGGCGAAGGGGAUUCUCAUAUUAGCCUGCUCUCGGAAAUAACUGAGCUUUUAGCUCAUUUCAGCAGCAUAGGAGAUUAUAUUCCAUUGCUUUAUUGGGUUGAUUGGCUCAGAGGUUUGAAGGGGAAGGUGAAUAAAGUAGCCCUCGAGGUUGAUGCUUUUCUGGAACGCGUUGUUAGAGAUCAUCAGAGUACUAUUGCUUCGGAUAAUGCUUCUACAAACAAGGACUUUGUAUCCAUUUUGCUUGAGAUUCAGACGCAGGAAAAAGAUACAGGCUUUUCUAUUGAUAAGGAUUGUACUAAAGCUAUUAUCUUGGAUAUGCUUUUCGCUGGAAUUGAAACAACAGCAACAACUUUAGAGUGGACAAUGGCAGCCCUGAUAAAGAAUCCGGAUAUCAUGUUUAAAUUGAAGAAUGAGGUCCGAGAAGUAGGCAAAGGCAAAGCAGAAAUAGAGGACUGUGAUUUAGUCAAGAUGGACUAUCUGAAAGCAGUACUGAAAGAGAGCAUGAGACUUCACAUGACAGGUCCACUGAUACUUCCUAGAGAAGCAAGGCAGGACGUAAACGUGAUGGGGUAUGACAUUAAAGCCGGGACACGAGUACUCAUCAAUGCCUGGGCAAUUGCAAGAGACCCUUCUGUGUGGGACAAGCCAGAAGAGUUUCGGCCUGAGAGGUUCUUGAAUAGUCCUAUCGACUACAAAGGCCUUCACUUCGAGUAUCUUCCCUUUGGAAGUGGGCGGAGGGCUUGCCCUGGGAACCAUUUUGCAACAGCCAUUAUUGAACUUGCAAUAGCAAAUAUAGUUCAAAAGUUUGAUUUUGAAUUGCCUGAUGGAGCAAGACUGGAGGAUUUGGACAUGACUGCUGUCACGAACAUCAAUAUUCGAAAGAAAUCUCCUCUCUUGGUGAUUGCCACACCACAUGUUUAAUCACUCAAAAUCUCCUGCUCAAGACUGCACAAUAACAAUAGGGAAUGAAAAUUUGGAGAAAUUUUCUCUGUUUUAAUGUCAAAAUCAGCAUCUCUUUUCUCAAAAUCUAUGUAUUCCUCGACAAGAGAUCAGAUAUCACCUUCACCAUUCAAAUCUGCAAAAUCAUGAACUCUGUAGUUUUGGAAUUAUUGUGCUUAUAUGAUACGUUUGAUGCU